AUGUUGAUCUAUGUUCUCAAACAAAUGCCACAAGAUCAACAAUCAAAAUAUGAUAUGCUUAGGGUAUGCACUGACUACUAUCGCGAUAAUAGCGAACAGUUAACGAAAAUCGAUCAGUUUCGUAAGGAAUACACUGCUGAUCAGGCGGUCCAAUGGUACACAGACGAAUGUUUUCUGUACAAAUUAUUAAAUAAAGCACUUCGUACUGAAGAUCUGGGCCUUCUAUAUAUAUUUCGAUUCUUUGUCAUCGAUUUAUGUGCGGCAAUAGAAACUGACAAUCUUCGAUUGAGAGAAAAAUCAGUUCUCACUUUGUUUCGUGGCGCAAAUAUUCCCAACGAAGAAUUAGAAAAACUCGAACGAAACAAAGGUCAAGUGAUAUCAACUAAUGGAUUUUUAUCCACUUCUCGUAGCAUCGAAGUUUCACUUCGGUUCAUAAAGCAGACCCCGACCGCCAACAAUGAUCGACCGGUUCUAUUUGAAAUCGAAGCUGAUCCUACAUUAAAAUCGGUUACUUUUGCUGAUAUUGAGCAUAAAACUCGAAAUGAGGACGAAGAAGAAGUACUCUUCAAUUUAAAUACUCUCUUCGAAAUUGGAUCCGUCAAUUUUGAUUCUCGAUUGAAUUUAUGGAAAAUAAAAUUGAUUACUACGGAUAGAGGAUCAGAGAUGAUUCAAGAAUAUCUUACUUCUGUAAAGAAACACCUAGAUGAUUAUCCACCAAUCAUCUAUUUUGGUCAAUUUCUUUUAAAUGAAAUGGGGCAAGUAGAUCAAGCUGGAAAAUAUUUUCAGCUGUUACUUGAUUCACUUCCACCAGAUCAUGAAAAUAUUGCAGAUGUUUAUAGCAAUCUUGGAAAUGUGCAUAGCGAACGAAACGAGCUUAAUUUAGCAUUGAAGAACUACGAACUUGCUUACACAAUCCGUCAAAAGCUAUUAUCGUCUGAUCAUCCGCAUGUAGCGUCUUCUCUUCAGAAUAUUGGAACAAUUUACAAACAUAAAGGAUGUUUAGAUCAAGCUCUCCAUUAUUGUCAACAAGCGCUAACAAUUUUUGAGAAGAACUAUCCAAAUGAUCAUGUGAACAAAGCAAUUAAUAUGGAAUACAUUGGUCGGAUAUAUACUGAUAAAGAUGAUUUUGAUACUGCUCUGGUCUAUUUGUUCCGUGCUCUUGACAUGUUCAAACGUGUCUUACCUGCUCAUCACUUGUAUAUCGCCGGCUGUCUUGGUGCAAUUGGAUAUAUUCAUGAAAAAAGCUGCGAUUUCGGUCAUGCACUCGAAUAUUAUCAUGAACAAAUAGAUAUGGAGGAAAAUUGUUUGCCACUCAAUCAUCCAAAUCGUGCGACACAUCUCGACCAUAUUGUUCAAACCUAUAAGAAGAUGGGUAACAUGAAAAAGGCGGUGAACUUGUGUCGAGAAAAAUUGAAUAAUCAAAAGAGCACUCUUGGUGAUCAACAUCCGUCUGUAGCUUGGAUACUAACUACUAUGGCGAAUCUGCUCGAACACGAGAAACCAAGUGAAGCACUUGCCCAUUAUCAACAAGCUUUAUCUAUUCUCAAACAAUACACGCCGCUUGAUCACAAAUUAACCAUAAUCUGUCUUAAAGCGAUAGCGUCCUUAUACAGUACUAACCAGAUAUAUGGAAAAGCGUUACAUUUUGGACUCAGAGCACUCGAUCUUGCUCGUCAAUCUCUACCAGCGGAUCACAUGGACAUUGGGUAUUUACUAGAAAACAUCGGUUUAUUUUACAAAGCCUUGAACAAGCCAUCAGAGGCACUUCGGUAUUUCAAUGAAAGUUUAUCCAUCUAUCGAGCUAACUAUGGAUCGAAUCAUGAAAACAUAACACGAUGCGAGGCAAAUAUUACUGAAUUGAAUAACAGAUUUGUGUUAACUCACACUACUGAACCAACAUUGAGGAAUAUGGCUGAAGAAGUUUAUUCACCAUUUUCACAAUCAACUUCAUUGUCUAUUGAUUUGAAUCCAUCGUUGGAACUUCCUCAUAAUACAAACCUGAGGGAAACAUCAUCGAGUGUCACGAGCAAAACAUGUAUUCUCCAAUGAUAUUCAUUCAAAUUUACCAGUUCAAGUUAGGGCAAACAAAUCAAACCACAAAUGAGCUUAACAACCCAGACAAUAUACAGAAUGAACUCUUGAAUCAAACUGAACUAUAAAAAAACAAACAUCUUUGGUCACUAAACAAAACUUUUGUCAUAUCCAAGACAAGAAUAAAUAACUUUGAUGUGAGACAUUGUACGAUGACAUGAACAAAAUGCAGAUCAGAUGCUCUCAGAGAAAUAUUUAUCAUCAAUUGAACCGUCAGUAGACUUGCAAUACAAGUAACAAGUCGUUGUUUAUCUUGUGAAACACGAUUGAAAAAUGAGUAUUGAAAAUGUAGAACGAGAAAUUUGGAUCUCCGCUCACAGACCGUGGCAGGCAUAUCAAAAUGUCUAUCACGGUCUGAAAGAAAUUUCUAAGGGUGGAUCUUAAUCUCGAACAGAGUGCGACAGAAGUAAAGAGUCUCUCAGUUAGAGUUAAAUCGGCUCCAUCGUGAUUCACAUUUUAAUACUGUAGGAAUUAAGCUGAAAGCUUUUAUUUCUUGCAAACAAUUCGAAGAGACAACAUCCUAUUUAAUUUUAUCGAUUUGUAACAGAUGGGUGUGGGUGUGGGUGUGGGUGUGGGUGUGGAUGUGGGUGUGGGUGUGGGUGAGUGUGGGUGUGGGUGCGAGUGUGAGUGUGGG